AUGUCCAAUGUGCAAAUCUGUCUACAGCGCCCGAUCGUGAAAUGUUCCAACAAUACAGGAGGCGUGGACGUGCAGCCGACCAAUUUGGAAGUUGAUGGUGAUCCCAUUUUCUUGAAACGACGCAUAAUCCUCCUCGCCCACCGUGAAGGCGUGCUACAGGCCCUUGAGGAAAUGGCGCACGACGGCAUAAUCACCGGAGUCAUAUCCCGUACGUGGGCAACGCCAAUUGUGAUCGCGAUCAAAAGUGACGGCAAAACACCGCGAAUUUGUGGCUAUUACCGGUUAACCCUCAACCCGCGGUUGCGAAAGUGUGCGGCUACUACCAUGAAGCUGGAGGAGUUCAUGAAAGCAUUGCACGGCAGCACAUGCUCCUCGAAGAUCGACUUGGCUGAUGCGUACCUCCAGAUUCCUCUCGCUUCAGCCUGUCGGCAAUUCACCACCGUCAACAUACCGUGGAGACUAUAUCAAUACAACUUCCUACCGUUUGGUCUCCACACAUGUUCAGGAAUAUUCCAGGCGGUUAUUGACGAAGUCAUUCGUGGACUCGAUGGCAUGUUAUCGUAA